AUGAGUUUCACUCCACCACCUCCACCAGUGUUCACUAGAGAAAACUAUCAUAUUUGGAUAGUCAAAAUGAAGACUUACCUCCAGGCACACGAUCUUUGGAGUGUGAUCGAGAAUGAUGCUGAACCACCUCCAUUGAGAGCCAAUCCCACCAUUGCACAUAUGAGACAGCAUGCUGAGGAGCGAGCCAAGAAGCAUAAGGCUAUGGCCUGCUUGCAAAAUGGAGUCUCUGAUGUGAUAUUCACUCGUAUCAUGGCCUGUGACUCACCAAAGCAGGCCUGGGAGAAGCUGAAGGAGGAGUUCAUGGGGACUGACAAAACAAGGCAACAGCAAGUCAUGAAUCUCAGGAGAGACUUUGAGAAUUUGAGAAUGAGGGAGUCUGAGACCAUCAAGCAGUACUCAGACAGGAUAAUGGCCAUUGUCAACAGCAUUAGGCUUUUGGGAGUGGACUUCACAGAGAGUAGAGUUGUUGAAAAGGUCAUCACUACUCUCUCUGAGAAAUUCGAGUCAAAAAUCUCUUCACUUGAGGACUCGAGGGACUUAUCAGCCAUUUCAUUGUCUGAGCUGAUAAACUCCCUGUAUGCACUUAAGCAAAGGAGGGCAAAUAGGCAGGAGGAGAAUCCUGAGGCUGCUUUCCAGGCUAAAGCCAGUGAAGGCUCGAGUGUGAGUGCAAAAGGCAAGAAGCCUUGGCACAAUAGGAGGGCCAAGAAGUGCAAGGAGUUUGGUCAUGUGGAGAAGGUGUGCAAGGGCAAACCAAAGGAGGCAGCCCAACAGCAAGCUAGACCUGCUGAGGAUUUGCAAGCUUAG